GACCGUGUCUCUAUUCUGCCAAUCUACUUUCGAAACGUGUCUCCACACUUUCCAUUUUGGUUCCCUCCGUUUCGCUCUUCGUUCCAUCCUCUCGUUUCCUCCCUCAAUCGCGCACCCCUCCCGGCGCCGGCGACGAAGAAGGUGAAACUGAGAGUGGACUGAAUGGUCUGCUGUUCUAUUGCGGAGACAGCACGGUCGCGUCUUUCCUGAAUUGUCUGCAGUCUCGUCUUGCGGCUGGAUCGGCUUGUCUCUGAGUUGAUUGAUUCUAGCAAAGAAGAAGCAACACUGGCUGUAAUGAGAGGAAGCCUUUUGACUAACCGUCGCGGGUUGCAGAGAUUUCGGCAACUCGCAAUUACUGCCGCUGGAUCUAUUAAGAUCAAGCUCUUACUCUGCUGUUGCAUAGUUUUUACGCUGCUUGCGCUUGCUGGACGCGCACCGGAUUUCAUGAGAUGGACCAAACACGGUGUUUAUGCUGAUCAAUUCUCUGUUCCAGGGAAAGGUUAUGCUAUAUUAAUCAACACAUGGAAGAGAUAUGAUCUGUUGAAGCAGUCAAUUUCCCACUAUUCAUCUUGUGCUGGGCUUGAUUCUAUACAUAUUGUGUGGAGUGAGCCCAAUCCUCCUUCAGAAUCUCUUGUUAAGUAUCUAAAUCAUGUUCUACAAUCAAAGUCCAAAGGUGCUAAGCAGGCUGAAUUGAAAUUUGAUAUCAACAAAGAAGAUAGUUUGAAUAAUAGAUUCAAAGAAAUUAAGGAUUUGAGGACCGAUGCUGUUUUCUCAAUUGAUGAUGAUGUUAUAUUUCCUUGCUCUUCGGUGGAAUUUGCUUUCAAUGUUUGGCAGAGUGCCCCAGAUACGAUGGUGGGCUUUGUGCCCCGUGCGCAUUGGUUUGAUCGAUUGGAAGGUAAAAAAGAUUAUUUCACAUAUGGCGGAUGGUGGUCUGUUUGGUGGACGGGUACAUAUAGCAUGGUACUCUCUAAGGCAGCCUUUUUUCACAAAAAGUAUCUCACCUUAUAUACAAAUGAGAUGCCAGCAUCUAUCAGAGAAUACAUAACCAAGAACAGGAAUUGUGAAGAUAUUGCAAUGUCCUUUCUCAUUGCAAAUGCAACUGGAGCUCCACCUAUCUGGGUGAAAGGCAAGAUAUUUGAGAUUGGAUCUACUGGAAUUAGUAGCUUGGGAGGUCAUAGUGAAAGAAGAACUACAUGCAUUAACAGAUUUGUGGCGGAGUAUGGACGAAUGCCUCUGGUAUAUGCAUCUGUUAAAGCGGUUGAUAGCCGCCGCACCUGGUUUUGGUGAUGCUGGAGAUUCCACUAUAUUUGAAUUGCAGAAUUUCCACACCUAUUUUGGGUAAUCCUUUGAGCGAUUCCAAUUCUUUUUGAAUUUGUAUAAUAGUUUAUUUCGAAGCUAGUUUAACAUGCGUAGAUUGAUUACUAAUAUGCUCACCAUGUAACUAGAAGAUAGUUGCCACUAGUAGUAAUGUAAAAUACAUCAUAACUCCUGAAUCUUACUAAAGAGUCUUAGUUGUAGAAUGAAACACUCCUUUCAUGUAUAAAUCUGACCUACCAAUGUGGGGUAAGCUUUGUUAUUAGAUUAAGCCGCUUGUGUUUCAUGGACU